UGUCCUGCCUUGGAAGUGGUGUUUUCCUAGUGGGUUUGAGUCUCUCCCUUGACUCUUUGCUUAAAACAAAACCACCUAUGGAUUGUGGCAUAAAUAAAAGUAGAUGGGUCAUUCUGUUCUGGAAAAAAAGCACCAGCUAUUUCAUUUGUCCAAGGAUAUUGAUUCAACCUUUGAAAGUAACUGUAGAGCUGUUCUGAGCAAGAAUUUAAGCAGGAUGUUCCGGCUGCGGUUCCUGCCCGUGGCCGCGGGGCUGGCGGCGGUGUCGCGGCGUUACCAUGGGACAGCCCCGCGCUCCAGCACCCGGCGUAGGCUCGUGGUGGCGGCUUUCCUCGGGACCACUGCGGCCACAGCAAGUGCCAGGUUCCUUUGGCAGAGGGCUUACGCAGAAGACUCUGUCAGACACGGCCCGAGGGCAGAGCCAGGGGAGAAGGUGAAGCACGAGGAGGAGGAGGAGGAGAGCAGCGGCAGGAGGGCGGUGGCCUCGGGCGAUGAGGAAGCGCCGCCGGAAGGGAAGAAGAAGAAACGUUCUGGCUUUAGAGACCGCAAGGUGAUGGAAUAUGAGAACAGGAUCAGAGCCUACUCCACUCCAGACAAAAUCUUCAGAUACUUUGCCACGCUGAAGGUCAUCAACGAGCACGGCGAGUCCGAGGUGUUCAUGACCCCGCAGGAUUUCGUGAGAUCCAUCACCCCCAAUGAGAAACAGCCAGAGAACCUGGGCCUGGACCAAUUCAUAGUGAAACGCUACGAUGGGAAGGAUUUCUGGCAGACAGAGAAGCUGUCCCAGGAGAGGGAGAAGUUUGCCGACGAGGACAGCAUUUUCUACGCACUCGGAGAAUGCGGGCUCAUCUCUUUUUCCGACUACAUCUUCCUCACCACAGUCCUUUCCACUCCCCAGAGGAAUUUUGAAAUUGCCUUUAAGAUGUUUGAUCUGAACGGUGACGGCGAGGUGGACAUGGAAGAGUUUGAGCAGGUGCAGAGCAUCAUCCGUUCCCAAACCAGCAUGGGCAUGCGGCACCGGGACCGCUCCACCACCGGCAACACUCUCAAAACCGGCUUCAACUCCGCCCUCACCACCUACUUCUUCGGGGCUGACCUGAAGGGAAAGCUCACCAUCUCCCACUUCCUGGACUUCCAGCGCAAGCUGCAGCACGAUAUCCUCAGGCUCGAGUUCGAGCGGCACGACCCGGUGGACGGGCGGAUCACGGAGCGGCAGUUUGGGAGCAUGCUGCUGGCAUACAGCGGGGUGCAGUCCAAGAAGCUCACUGUCAUGCUCAAACAGCUCAAGAAGCACUUCCAGGAUGGAGAGGGGCUGACAUUUGAGGAGGUGGAGAACUUCUUCACUUUCCUGAAGAACAUAAAUGAUGUGGACACUGCUUUGAGCUUCUACCACAUGGCUGGAGCUUCUCUUGAUAAAGUGACCAUGCAGCAAGUGGCCAGAACAGUGGCCAAGGUGGAGCUGUCGGACCACGUGUGCGACGUGGUGUUUGCGCUCUUCGAUUGUGACGGGAACGGGGAGCUGAGCAACAAGGAGUUUGUUGCCAUCAUGAAGCAGCGCCUGAUGCGAGGCCUGGAGAAGCCCAAGGACAUGGGCUUCACACGGCUCAUGAGGGCCAUGUGGAAGUGUGCCCAGGAGACAGCGUGGGACUUCACAACUCCCAAGCAGCAGUAGCAGCUGGGAAGGAGCUCCCACAUUGCCUGGAUCAGCCCAUGGGCGGCACCAGGUUCUGGAGAGCCCAGGCUGUCUGAGACAGGAGGGGUUUGUCAAUCCAAGUUAGAAAUCCACGCCUGUAUUUGCUUGCUGCUGGCUCCUAAAUAUUCCUCUCUCAGGAACAAAGAAAGGACUUUUACUGCCACCACUUCCACAGCAUGAUGUUCUCUGCUCGAGAGCUGGACCCAAAUCACCUUUAUUUAAUG